CGCCUUUAAGGUUGCCAAGGCGACGGCUCUGGCCAGAGCGAGGCGCAUUGACGUCAGCAGCCGCGCGCUGAUUGGCCGCGGCCGGGUCGUUUCCGGUGGAGCCGCCACGGAGCCGCUAUCGCGGAGUAGAGCCGGGCCGGGAGGGGAGCGCCGGGAGAGCUCAGCUAGCCGCAGCCUCGCACCCGCCGCCCCGCGUCCGCCGCCGCCCGUCCCCAGAGAACCAUGGCGUCUGGCAGCACUGCCACCAGUGAGGAGGAGCGCAGCCUCCGGGAAUGUGAGCUCUAUGUCCAGAAGCACAACAUUCAGGCACUGCUGAAGGAUUCUAUUGUGCAGUUGUGCACUGCUCGACCUGAGAGACCCAUGGCAUUCCUCAGGGAAUACUUUGAGAGGCUGGAGAAGGAGGAGGCAAAACAGAUUCAGAAUCUGCAGAAAGCAAGCUCCCGUGCAGAUUCGAGGGAGGAUGAAAUCUCUCCUCCUCCACCCAACCCAGUGGUUAAGGGCCGGAGGCGACGAGGUGCUAUCAGUGCCGAAGUCUACACGGAGGAGGAUGCUGCAUCAUAUGUUAGAAAGGUUAUACCAAAGGAUUAUAAGACGAUGGCUGCUUUGGCUAAAGCCAUUGAAAAGAAUGUGCUCUUUUCACAUCUUGACGAUAAUGAGAGAAGUGAUAUUUUUGAUGCCAUGUUUCCAGUUUCCUUUAUUGCUGGAGAGACGGUUAUUCAGCAAGGUGAUGAGGGAGAUAACUUCUAUGUGAUUGAUCAAGGAGAGAUGGAUGUCUAUGUCAACAACGAAUGGGCAACCAGUGUUGGGGAAGGAGGGAGCUUUGGGGAACUUGCUUUGAUCUACGGAACACCUAGAGCAGCCACAGUCAAAGCAAAGACAAAUGUGAAAUUGUGGGGUAUCGACCGAGACAGCUAUAGAAGAAUCCUCAUGGGAAGCACUCUGAGAAAGCGGAAGAUGUAUGAGGAGUUUCUUAGUAAAGUAUCUAUUUUAGAAUCUCUGGACAAGUGGGAACGUCUCACGGUAGCUGAUGCAUUGGAACCCGUUCAGUUUGAAGACGGGCAGAAGAUUGUGGUACAGGGAGAACCAGGGGAUGAGUUCUUCAUUAUUUUAGAGGGUUCAGCUGCUGUGCUACAGCGUCGGUCAGAAAAUGAAGAGUUUGUUGAAGUGGGAAGAUUGGGGCCUUCUGAUUAUUUUGGUGAGAUUGCGCUCCUGAUGAAUCGUCCUCGUGCUGCCACGGUGGUGGCUCGUGGCCCCUUGAAGUGUGUGAAGCUGGACCGACCCAGAUUCGAACGCGUUCUUGGCCCGUGCUCAGAUAUCCUCAAACGAAACAUCCAGCAGUACAACAGUUUUGUGUCGCUGUCUGUCUGAGAUGGGCCUCCUGUGCCUCCCUUCCCACCCCACCCCACCCCCCACCCCCAAGUCCAGGCCUCCCUGCUGCAGACUGCUUUCUCUUCCUCUUCACAGCGCCAUGUGGCCGCUGGUACCGCAGCUUCUCGUCUGUUUAUAUUAAAAGUUGCUUUUAUUGCACCGUUUUUAAUUUGGAGCAUUGACUGAAUGCUCCUACACAGUUAAAUAAAUAGAAAGAGUUCUGUGGA